GUCGCGAACUUCUUGCGCUGCUAGGUCGGCACAAUCUCUUGCCUACAAACGGCGUGAUCGGUGGCUCGGGUGAGGAAACAUUUGUAGUUGAGUUUCGACUGAACGAACAACGCUAUCAUCUGCGCUUGACUCGGCAGCAAAAGACAGACAUCGAACGUCUUUUGUUCACCACACAUGCUAAACGGCAGGCCGAGAUCCUUUCAGUACUGCAGCGCGAGCAGGCCCGAUGCACAGUUUUGCCAAACCCUUCUAGCACCAGCAACAUUAGUGACCAAAGCUCAAGUGGUCCCGCUUCCUCAGGCCUCAGCCUUCUCCAUUCUGGCAUCAUGGGUCCUGCUCGAGCUUCAGGGCAAGCUACCCUUAUGGCUGCUCCCGGCGGUAUGGCGCAAUAUCAGCUCCUGGCUCAUCCGCAUCAACAGCAGCAGAUGCCAAUAUCUGUUGGCCAAACUGCACCCGGACUGCGCCUUUUCCAACCACCUCAGCUUCCCAACGCCCUUACUUCAAUUGCAACACCGGGGCUCAAUGGCAAUAGCGGUUCUAUACGUGGACUUACGGAGAACGCAGUUGGCAGAUCGCUGGCAGUGUGCAGUGGUGAUCAUCAUGCCCCUGGCUUUUUAGCUCCUACGUCUGCUGCCUGCAUGAACCCAUGUGCAACACAAGGUCUCUCUUUACACCCAUCACAGCCUGGUCCUAGUGUUAUGACGGCCCUUGUCUCACCA